AUGAAAUUAAAAUACGUGAAAUUCUCUUUCGAUAGCUCAACUCAGCUCAGCACAGCUCAGUUCAAAUUAACUAAGCACAGCUCAGCUCAGCUCAGCUCAGCUCAGCUCAGCUCUGCCCAGCUCUGCUCAGCUCAGCUCAGCUCAGUUCAGCAAUGCUCAGCCCAGCAUAGCUCUGUUCAGCUCAACUCAGCUCAUCACAGCUCAGUUCAGCGCAACACAGCUAAGCUCAGUUCAAUAUUACGUAAGCUCAGCUCAGCUCAGCUCAGACAAGCUCUGCUCGGCUCAGCUAAGGUCAGUUCAGCUAUGCUCAGCUCAGCAUAG